AUGGGCGAGAGUGUGGGAGGGGUCCUGGGGUUCCUGCUGGUCUUCUCCUGCCUCGUGCUUUCCGUGUUCUCAACCAUCAAAGAGUACGAGAAGAGCUCGGAGGGUGCGCUCUACAUCCUGGAAAUUGUGACCAUCGUGGUGUUUGGCGUGGAGUAUUUUGUGCGGAUCUGGGCCGCGGGCUGCUGCUGCCGGUACCGCGGCUGGAGAGGGCGGCUCAAGUUCGCCCGGAAGCCCUUCUGCGUGAUCGACAUCAUGGUGCUCAUUGCCUCCAUCGCCGUGCUGGCCGCCGGCUCCCAAGGCAACGUCUUUGCCACGUCUGCGCUCCGGAGCCUGCGCUUCCUGCAGAUCCUCAGGAUGAUCCGCAUGGACCGGCGCGGCGGCACCUGGAAGCUCCUAGGCUCUGUGGUCUACGCCCAUAGCAAGGUGAGCCAUGUAUGUCCCUUCAGGACUGGGGAGGCAGGAGGGGACCACGAAACCAGGCUAUACACUGCCAGGUGUCAGUCUGCCUGGAGGUUCUACGCCACCAACCUGUCGCGCACGGACCUGCAUUCCACAUGGCAGUACUACGAGCGCACCGUCACCGUGCCCAUGUACAGCUCGCAAGCUCAAACCUACGGGGCCUCCAGACUGAUCCCACCGCUCAACCAGCUGGAGCUGCUGCGGAACCUCAAGAGUAAAUCCGGACUCACGUUCAGGUCAGGCCCCAACCCGGAGCCGUCCCCCAGUAAAGGCAGAACGUGCAGAGAGGGCCUGUGUGGCUGCUGCCCUGGACACUCUAGUCAGAAGGUCAGUUUGAAAGACCGUGUCUUCUCCAGCCCCCGAGGUGUGGCUGCCAAGGGGAAGGGGUCCCCACAAGCCCAGCCCGUCAGGCGGUCGCCCAGCGCCGACCAGAGCCUGGAGGACAGUCCGAGCAAGGUGCCCAAGAGCUGGAGCUUCGGGGACCGCAGCCGCGCGCGGCAGGCCUUCCGGGUCAAGGGCGCCGCGUCUCGGCAGAACUCGGAAGAAGCAAGUCUCCCCGGGGAGGACAUCGUGGAUGACAACAAGAGCUGUAACUGCGAGUUUGUGACGGAGGACCUGACCCCGGGCCUCAAAGUCAGCAUCCGGGCCGUCUGUGUCAUGAGGUUCCUGGUGUCCAAGCGGAAGUUCAAGGAGAGCUUGCGGCCCUACGACGUGAUGGACGUGAUCGAGCAGUACUCGGCCGGCCACCUGGACAUGCUGUCCCGCAUCAAAAACCUGCAGUCCAGAGUGGACCAGAUUGUGGGGCGGGGCCCGACGAUGACAGACAAGGACCGCACCAAGGGCCCGGCCGAAGCAGAGCUGCCGGAGGACCCCAGCAUGAUGGGCCGGCUGGGCAAGGUGGAGAAGCAGGUCCUGUCCAUGGAGAAGAAGCUGGACUUCCUGGUCAGCAUCUACACGCAGCGCAUGGGGAUCCCACCCUCAGAGACUGAGGCGUACUUUGGGGCCAAGGAGCCUGAGCCGGCACCGCCGUACCACAGCCCCGAGGACAGCCGCGAUCAGGGGGACCGCAGUGGCUGCAUCGUCAAGCUCAUCCGCUCCACCAGCUCCAUUGGCCACAAGAAUUUCGCAGCCCCCCCGGCUGUGCCCUCCACUCAGUGCCCACCCUCUACUUCGUGGCAGCCUCAGGGCCAUCCGCGCCAGGGCCACGGUGCCUCGCCCGUGGGGGACCACGGCCCGCUGGUGCGCAUCCCGCCACCGCCCACCCAUGAGCGCUCGCUGUCUGCCUACAACGGGGGCACCCGGGCUAGCACGGAGUUCCUGCGGCACGAGGACACGCCAGCCAGCAGGCCCCACGAGGGCGCGCUGCGAGACAGCGACACGUCCAUCUCCAUCCCGUCCGUGGACCACGAGGAGCUGGAGCGCUCCUUCAGCGGCUUCAGCAUCUCCCAGUCCAAGGAGAACCUGGACGGCCUCAACAGCUGCUAUGCGGCCGUGGCCCCCUGUGCCAAAGUCAGACCCUACAUUGCCGAGGGCGAGUCGGACACGGACUCCGACCUCUGCACCCCGUGCGGGCCACCGCCCCGCUCGGCCACGGGCGAGGGCCCCUUUGCGGACAUGGGCUGGGCGGGGCCCCGGAAAUGAGGCCCC